CUAGACUUGGUUCUGCCCUUGACUUACUGGGUGACCUUGGAUGAGUCACUAUCUCCCUUUCUGAGCCUUUGUUUCUUUAUCUGUGAGAUGGGUACAAUAACCAUCGUGCUGCUUCACACUGGAGAUGUGCCAGAGAGAUCUUGGAUCUUGCCAGUUGGGUGCUCCCUCUAGCAAAGAGGGCUGGCCAGAGAGCUUCCUGGAGGAGAGGACCUGGGCCUUGGAGGGUGGAGGGUAGCAGUCAGGGCCACAGCUUCUGAAGUCAGGCAAAUCAGGGCUGCUACUGCCAUUUGCUAGCUUUGUGACCCUGGAGAGGUUAUUGAGCCUCUCUGAGCCUCUCAGAAUUAAUGAAGCCACCUAACACAGAACUUGGCACAGAGAAAACACUCAAGUGGUGGAAGCUCUUGUUAUGAUAUAGGUGUUAGAAGGUAGGGGAGGGUGUCCUUGGAAGAGGGGACUUUGUGAGCGAAGAUAUGACCAUGGUGUGGCAUUUGAUGUGCUUGAGACAGGAAGGUGAGGGUGGAACAGAGAGGGAGAGUCAGCUGAAGGGGCAACAGGACCAGAUCAGCCAGGGCCUUGAAUGCCAGGCUAAGGAGCUUAGACUUUAGCCUGAGGACAAUAGGGAGCCAUGGAAGGAUUUUUAGCUGGACAGUAAUGUGGUCAUAUUUGUGUUUUAGGAAGAUCACGUGACUGCAGUGUGAAAGACGGGCAGGCAGGGGCAGGGGUGGAGGCAAGAACAGUGAGGAGGCUGGUGCAGGGAUCUGAAGGAAAAACACAGGGCUGGCCUAAGGUGGGGGCUGCGGGGUGGGGACCACAUGGUGCAUGUCUGAGGCACUUGACUGGUUGAACCCAUGGACUUAGUGAGUGACGGGCUCCAUGUCUCUGAGGUUUGAAAUCUGGAAGGAUGGUGAAAGUGAUGUGUUCCACCGUAGCAUGUAGAGUCAAAGCAUCUCCUAGGGAGGAGAAGACAGGGAGUGAUCCCUUGGCAGAAUGGGGUGGAAAAAGGUGAUGCUCUUUCACCUUGUCACUAGAGCAGACUGGCAGAUAGUUACCAGCCCACUGGCCUAUGUCAACGCGAGACUACUGGGGCAAGGUGCAGUAAGCUCUCUUUCUCCAGUGAUGCGUUUGAGGUUCUGGUGCAUGCUGGGACCUGCCCAUCCAGACAGGGGUGCCUCCACCAGGUAAUCAUCCCUUCACUGAAGCCCUGCUGUACCUGACGUAUGUGAGGGGCUUGCAGGUUGAAGAGAUCAGAACCAGGGCCGGAAUUCAGAAGACCCGGGUUCCAGUCUUACCAUGAGGCCUUGGGUCAGGGCCACAGCUUCUGAAAUCAGACAGGUCAGGGUUGCUUCUGCCAUUUGCUAGCUUUGUGGCCCUAGAGAAGGCUGAGUGUGAAUCUGACUGUGACUGUGUAUCUGUGUGUCUAUGCCUGUGUGUGUAGGUAUGUGGCUUGUGUGUUUAUAACGCCCAGGGAGAAAUGGUUAGAGGAAGGAGUGGAGAAGGGGAGUGUUCCAGAUAGAGACCUAGCUGGAGUGAAAGUAUAUUGGCGGAAUUACCGCAGAGUGACUACUGGACAAAGUGGGUAUUGAUUGUUUCUUUGCUGUGCAGAAUCACAGAGCCAGGACUGAGGGAGGGGGUGCUGGCGACUCUUCUCAGCUCUGCAGGAUAUGAGGGAAGACCUUCCCCCAGCAGAGCCGUCCUCCUGCAAAAGGGGGUGAUUGUGGAAGGAGGCUGCAAGUACCCCAUCCCUUUUGCAUUCAAGGGGGGUGGACAGUGGUAGAGGGAAGCAGGUUGCAGAGGGCAUUCCUGCCAGUGCAAGCACACCAGGUCGUCUUUCUGCCUUAAGCAGGCCAAAGUUAGAGGGGGUGGCCCCGAGAAGGCUUGACCUGGCUGGCAUCUUGAGACUCAGAGCCCAUGCUGCCAACACCUCCCUGUGUCUGCAGGAGCCAGCGGCAGCAGCAGCUGCCUGCCAUGAGAAAUGAUGGAAGAACUGACGCAAGGGCACAGCCCCGGGCUGGGCGGCCUGUUUUUCCUGUUUCCUGCAGAGUUCCCUGCAGCCUGGUCCAGGUGUGUGCAUUCAUGAGUGAGGAGCCUAAGCAGGCAGUGAGCAUCCUGACAGCCAGAGCAGGUGGUCAGGAGGCCCUCAAAAAAGCAAGGAAAAGGAGAAGCAUCUUCAUAACGCUAAGCCUCCUCUGGGCCCUCAUCACCUCUUGUGCAUCACUCUUCAUUCAUGUAACACGUGUCCCUGCUGGAUGAUAGGGACAGAGAGGAAAAUCAGAUGGACCCAGCCCUCCAAGAGCACCUGGAGUGUAUUGGGGUAGAGCGUGAACGGACAAUUUACCAUCAUGGCAUGAGGAACACCCCGGGUGGUGGUGGAAGGGGAGAGCUUCAGAGGGUGAUGGCGGAAGACCUGGACCCCUGGAAUGGCACCAACAAUGGCACCUGGGAUGGGGAUGAGCUGGGCUACAGGUGCCGCUUCAACGAGGACUUCAAGUAUGUGCUGCUGCCUGUGUCCUAUGGUAUAGUGUGCGUGCUCGGGCUGUGUCUGAACGCUGUGGCACUCUAUGCCUUCCUGUGCCGCCUCAAGACUUGGAAUGCCUCCACCACGUACAUGUUCCACCUGGCUGUGUCGGAUGCACUGUACGCGGCUUCCCUGCCGCUGCUGGUCUACUACUACGCCCGUGGCGACCACUGGCCCUUCAGCACAGUGCUCUGCAAGCUGGUGCGCUUUCUCUUCUAUACCAACCUUUACUGCAGCAUUCUCUUCCUCACCUGCAUCAGCGUGCACCGAUGCCUGGGUGUCUUGCGACCCCUGCGCUCACUGCGCUGGGGCCAGGCCCACUAUGCCCGCCGGGUGGCAGCUGCCGUGUGGGUACUGGUGCUGGCCUGCCAGGCACCUGUACUCUACUUCGUCACCACCAGCACGCGUGGCACCCGCAUUACCUGCCACGACACCUCGGCACCGGAGCUCUUCAGCCACUUCGUGGCCUACAGCUCCGUAAUGCUGGGCUUGCUCUUCACUGUGCCCUUUGCCAUCAUCCUGGUCUGUUAUGUGCUCAUGGCACAGAGGCUGCUAAAGCCAACUUCUGGGGCCACAGGAGGCCUGCCGUGGGCCAAGCGAAAGUCAGUGCGCACCAUUGCCGUGGUGCUGACUGUCUUCGCCAUCUGCUUCCUGCCUUUCCACGUCACCCGCACCCUCUACUACUCCUUCCGCUCUCUUGACCUCAGCUGCCACACCCUCAAUGCCAUCAACAUGGCUUACAAGAUCACCCGGCCACUGGCCAGUGCCAACAGUUGCCUUGACCCCGUGCUCUACUUCCUGGCUGGGCAGAGGCUCGUGCGCUUUGCCCGUGAAGCCAAGCCACCCAUAGGCCCCAUCCCUACCACCCAGGCUCGCCGCAGGCUGGGCAUGCGCAGGCCUGGCAAAAAUGACACCAAGAGGACAGAGAACCUGUCAGCCAGCAGUGAGGGCUCUAGACAGACAGAGUCUACGCCAGCUGGUGGCGAGAACACUACGGAUGUCCGGCUGUAAGACCUGUACCCUUUGGCCAUGUGCAAGUCUGUGUGGGUGACUGGAGGGGACCAAGACUUGUUCAUAUGAGACCGUCUCCCCACAUGUGGACUCAUGCCAGAUGACCAAGGGAGCCAUGACCCCAACUCCAUCCUGUGGCAGGGGCUCAGGACACACUGUGGUCCAGAUUGCUCAGCAGUCCCCAUAGUCCCCAGUCAUCAUUUGUAUGUAUGAGUUGGGGAAUAAGGUUUCAGAAAAGGCAAGGGUUCAGGGCCAAUGCCUCGCCCUGGCCUGACCCACGUAAAUAGCCAUUGGUGCCUGCCAAGAUACCUAGGCUGGAGUUCGGCCUAAUCAAGUCACAUGGAGAAACUGAGACCCGUUUGGAAAGGAAGGUGACUUACCAAGGUCACGUAGCAGAAUCUGAGCCAUAGCUACCUGGGGUGGGGCAGAGUCACAGGGUGACUAGGGGACCGGGGUAAGUGGCCAGAGCUAAGUCACUUACAGAAGUCAUGGAGGAGGCUGGGAUCACAGUGGACUCAACUCUGAGGAAUUCCCCUAGCCCAAGAGAUGAACAUCUGGGGACUGGUGCCAUAAAUCCAUCUGUAGGCUCCCCUGGACGAGGAGCCAGUUUGAAACUGUAACUUAUACUAAAGGUUUCGUUGCUUCCUAAGCUGAGCUGUGGCUGAUGAGUGGCCUAGGAAUGGGGAUGUAGCCUGGGAAGCUCUUACCACCCGCACCAGGGCCCUGUUUUUAACCUGUUCUGCCAUCUGCCUCCCCAGGAGUAGACUUACUUAAGGGACCCCCUCUCUGGACUCAAGGUUAUCAGGUUAUCUUCCAUUUUAAAGCCAACUGGCUUCUGUGCCCAGCACGAAGAAGAGUCAGGUGGGGUCCUAGGCCUUGGGGAUUCCCCAGUCUGGGACUCAAUGGGCUGACCAGUCAUGUGCUAGUAAAUGUUAAACCAUUCAACUGGCUCUGUGGUGGAGGUGUGGGGUACCCCUUAUUUGUGGCAUUGCCAAUUGCCACGGUGUAAAUAUUUCCACCAUGGUCAAUUUCAGGCUACCAAUGUGAUGUCAACCCCCUAGCAAGUUUUCUGAAAAUUUAACAAUCAGCUCUUACAAAAAGAUACAGGUCAACUCUAGCACACCACUGGAUGAUGCUGAGUGGUUGGGGCUGUGGACUCGAGGGCCAGAGAAAGCUUCCUGGAGUUGGGGUACUCCUGGGUUCUAAGAAGAGCAUUUCACCAGGAGGAGAACAUACAGGUGCAGGAUCUAUUCUGGGCAGAGCCAUGGGAACAAGAGAGCAGGGAGUGCAGAAACUGUAGGCAGGCUGGGCAGCUGGCACCCAGGCUCAAGGCGGGACAUCUGGGGGCCAGGUCACAAAAAGGCCAAGUUGGGGCUCGCUCCUUGCCCUGACCAUGAGGUUUGCCCUGCACUGUGGGUAACUGUUUAAGAGGCUCAUUCCUCUUCCCAUCCAGUCCUCUGCAUCCUGCGAAAAUACCAGCUGCAUGAUAUGACGCUUAAAGCUCAGGCUGGAUCACGGCUUGGUGUGGGGGAGAGGGCCUUACCUGUGACAGGAUCUGAGCGCAGCCAGGGCCACUUUGAACCAAUUUGGGGAGCUCAGCUGGACAGGGCCCAGCCUGCAGGGACAGGGCAAAGUGGAUAAGCCUCAUUCUUGACCUCAGGGAUGGGGACACACUCCCUCACCCUCUGGGAGAUCCCUUUUCCUGUGAUGGACCCACUCUGCCUGAGAGACGUUCUCUCCACCCCCGAGACCUGCCUCCUCCGAUUUCUCCACUCAGAGCCUAGCUUCCCAGCUCCGUCAUGUGAUGGAGUUUUUAGAUCCAUCACUGGCCUAGGCUCAAAUGAUUACACUGAAUUAUGCUAUGUGGGUAACUUGCCCAAAGUACUGUGAGAUGGUCACCUCCCACAUUCUGGGUGCUGUACUUCUAUUAAUGUAACCAGAAUCCCUCCAGGCCUUCUGGUGACACAGAGCAGAUAGCCCAAUAAGCAAGGUAUGCAUGGGCUUACUUGUACAUACUUACUAAUGUGUAGUGAACAAUGUCACCUGUUUCUCACCACAGUUUUGAUGUGGUAAAACCCAUGUGAAAUUGUUCACUACAGAUGAGCAAGUAAACACAAGUAAGCCCGUGUGUACCUUGCUUACUGGUUAUUCCACCCUUAGGUGACCACUUCUCACAAUCUAUCCUUGAGCCUUUACUGCAGGCCUGAGCCUAAUAAUCUCUUUCCCACCAGCUUCUGCUCAGGCCGAACCUCAUCCCAGUUUAUAGGGAGUCCCUACUCAGGUAAGAUCCUCUGCUAGCCUGAAGUGUGAAUGCUGAGCUCUGCCCCCCUCAGGACUGAGAGACAGGGGCUACAUGCUGACUUUGGAGCCCCUUGAAUGUGCAUCCGUAGCCAGGGGUGGCUCUGUGGCCACCACAGGCUUAAGUUACCCCUUAACCCAAUGCCCUCAUGGCCUGCUAACCUAUUCCUCCAGCAGCUUCCCGGGAGACCCCCAGAACCCAGCGCCCCACAGUGGCCCCACUCAGGCCCAGCCCCAAGAAGCUUCUAAGAGCCAACUGUCUGCAGAUUUCUAAGGGCAUGGGCCCUGGGUGAGAGGAGGGGCUCACCCACCCUCUAAUCCUAUGACAGGCACUGGUGGGGGUGAGGCAUGGAGGUGCUAAGGGAACCAGGGACAGGUGCAGGGUCCCACCUUUUGACCCCAGUCAGGCUGCACCUGUAUGGGCAGGCCCUCUGUGUGGACAUCUUACCUUGUUGCAGAGUGCCUGGGCUACCCGCCUGGUGGGUAAAGUUCCUGACCCCGCAGCCUUGUGCUAUUUUCAGCUCAAAUAAGAGCAGGAUUUUCCACUCCCAGCCCCAGACCAUUGUCCAGCAGUGAUGGGUGUGUGUGUCUUGGUGGGGGUGGGAGGGGAGUUGCCUGCCCUCAAACUACCUCCUCUUAUUCUCUGGGCCUCCCUGCCCCCUCCUCACCUCCCAACCCUGACAUCACUUCCUGGGGCUGUUGACUCCUGAAGGCAACUGUGAAAGGGCAUGUGAGUCUCCCAGAUGGCACAGCCACAAAUAGGGACCCCAGGGAUUAUCCAGUCCAGCUGCAGGCUCAAGGCCAGAGGCGAUGGGGCCUUGCCCAAGAUUACUCAGCAGGUCAGCGCGGCGCCAGGACGUAAGCUGGGGGCCCUCAGGCUGCUCCUGCUGUUCCACUGCCUGCCCCAUUAGCGCAGGUCAGUGCCUUUGUACAAAUCCAGCCAUGCCCUGCAGUGCCCCGCUUUUCCCAACCAGGGUGGACAGAGCUGUGAAGCCAAGGCCAGAGACACAAGGCUGGGGGGGGAGCAGGGGCAUAGGGGAGUAAAUGCCUGCUGACUUGCUUGCAGCAGCUGUUCUCAAUGCGUUUCGUGCCACCAGGACAGGGUCCUGACAUGUAGGGGUCUCUGCCCUGGGUGGCAGGUGUCUCAGGGCCCAGGAAGGAGGGGAGAAUCCUAGAAGACAUUCCCAUCCUCACCCUCCAAGGCCAGGGAAGGCCCUGGACAACGUGCUUCCUAGAGCAGCUGCUCCAGUCUUGGUCUGGGUCGGGCCACCAAAGCCACCCUUCUGCCACCACUCGUCAUGGCAGCUCUGGGCUGACCUCUGUUUAAAGUCAGGCACAUGGGGGAGGGAGCUCACAUACUACCUAUGUUGCAGGCACCAUGCAAGACCCUCUCACAUCCAUUAUAUUAGUUAUUCUUCACAAUAACCCUAUGUAGUUUAUGCCCAUUUAGUAGACAAGGGAGUAACUUGCUCUGGGUUAUACAGGCAGUAAGUGGGCUAGUCAACAUGGAAUCCAGGUCCAGCUGAUGCCAGAUUAGUUCCCUUUUCAGUAUCCUACCCCACUCGCAACCCCCAGGGGCAAGGGUCCAUAAGUGACCCUUGAUUCAAGACAAGAGAGGCAGUGUGUAGAGGAUGGGGCUAAGAGCACAGGCCCUACACCCCGGCCACCUGGGUUUGAAUGUUGUCUCCACUUCUUUCAGCUGUGGAACCUUGGGUAGGUUACUUCAUCUUGCAGCACCUCAGUUUUCUCAUUUCUAAAAUGGGAUAAUCAUACUACCUCCCUCCUAGGGCACUGGGAGGCUUCACUGAGUGGAUAACACACAAGGAGUGUUUAGAACAGUGCCUGGUAAGUAGUAAGCAUUUAUAUACCAGACCCUGUGCUGGAAGGCUACCUAGGCAAACCAGCCGGUCCCUGCCCUCACAGAAGUGACAUCAUUUAAUAUGUAAUCACACUGGGAUAGGUGUUUGAAGGAGAGGUUGGUGUGCUGGUCAGUGAGCAGCAGGAGGCCUGACCUGCCCAGAGACCCACUGUGGCCGAGACCUCCCCAGGUGUGGGAGAAGGGAAGCAGGUCCAUCCUCUGCCCUGACUGGCACUGGGUAGCUUUCAGGCACACAGGCCUGUGUGUGUUCACAGAACCUUGUCCAGGUGCCUGGCUACCAAAGGGCAGCAGGGAGAGUGGGAUGAGAAAGAGGAGGGUGCUCCCAAUAUCAAGCUUCAGGAACCAGUCCCUAUGGGCUAGAGAGUGCCCACCCACUCGUGGCAGCAGGCUUAGCCAUUUUUCCAUGACUGGUGGUGCCUGCCAUGGCGUACUACAGCUGUACCUUGGCUCAACCUGGAGACCUGGGGUGGUGAGACUGGCUUGGAGCUGAGCCCAAGCAAGGAAUGAAUGGGCAGCCUUUGCUGUGUGACUUGAGGCCACCUGCCUGCCCUCUCUGGACCACCCUCUAGAGCCUGCCUCCCUCUACUUCUGUCUACUUCAGUUAAGGCAUCAGCUGCCUAGACUUUUCCUCAAAGGCACUACAGCUGAUCGAUCCCCUGGGCAUUCCCAAAUCCGUCUGGGCAAUCUGCUCUGAGGACUGGAGUGGGACAGUGGGUCUCCUCUGUCAUCAAGUGGCCAGAGAGGCGAAGUUACUUCACUGCCACCAGCCAGUACGUUGGAGAGCAGGUAGUCCAACGCCUGAUGCUGCUGCCUCCUAUGGGGUGGAGGGUAGAGCUUGACCAGGAGUGACCAGGCUGCAGAGUGAGGGAUGAACUUGUCUUCCCAGUGGGUGUGUUGUUGUCCUGUGUGUGUAUGUGUGUGUGUGCAGGGGCGGGGGAGGAGAAUUGAGCCCUAGAAGUCAAACUCUCACCCUCCUCUGCCCUGAUGCCCCAUGUGACUGUGGGUGAGUCCCUUCACCCCUCUGGGCAUCAGAUCCCCUCUGCAAUGGGGCUGGGCUUCUGCCCAGCCACUCUUCCUUCAGUAGGGGCUUGCCGGAGUUGCCUCUGUCUUGGCUCCAGCUCAGUCAGAUGUCCAGACCCGAUCCUGUCCCAGCCAGGAAAAAGGAGCCCGGCUGGCCACAGUCAUUCCUCAGCCCCAAAUCCUGUCCCCAGGGGCUCCACCCUCUGCCCUGGACUAUUUUAAGCCCCUGGAGAUGGAAUCAGAAAAGGAUUUUCCACUCUUAGCACAAUGGCUGCCCUGGGCCAUUGUCUGGCAGUGAUGGGUGGGAUCUGUCUGCAUUCAGAUAACUCCCCUGGCCUACCCUCGGCCCUCCCCGUCCGGGUCCUUGGCAAUGACAUAACUUCCUGGGGCUGUCAACUCCUGAAGGCCACUGUGAAAGGGCACGUGAAUCCUCUGGGAGAAUACAGCCACAGUGGAAUCUGGAGUUUUCCCUCCUGGUAGGGGCCCCAGGGAUUGUCUGGCUUCUCAGUGGGACUUGAUGCCCAGAAAGGCCCUCUCACUGGUCACACAGUGGUCAGGGUGAAGGCUAGAUGUGAGCCUGGGGCUCUCUUGCUGUUCCUGCUGCCUAAUGCCCUCAUUAGCACUAGUCUGUGCCUCCUGGGAGUGAGAGCUUCACUUGGAAGCCCCAGAAGAAGCCUGAGUGGUGUGGGAGGGAGUGGGUACAUCUCUGAAUUUUGCCCUCAGAGCAGUAAGUUCAGUGUCAAAACCAAACCAAACCUGUUGCCAUCAAGUCAAUUCCAACUCUUAGCCACCCUAUAGGACAGAGUAGAACUGCUCCAUGGGGUUUCCAACGCUGUGAAUCUUUACAGAACCAGACUACCAUAUCUUUCUCCUGUGGAGAGGCUGGUGGGUUCAAACCGCCAGCAGCCGAGCACUUAACCGCCAUGCUACCAGGGCUCCUGAGCCCAGUGCAAACCCAAAAACCAAACCCAUUGCUGUUGAGUCGAUUCUGACUCAUAACGACCCUAUGGGACAGAGUAGAACUGCCCCAUAGGGUUUCCAAGGAUCGACUGAUGGAUUUGAGCUGCAGCCGAGCUCUUAAUCACUACACCACCAGGGCUCUGAGCUCAGGGCAGGGCCUGUGAAGUCUGUUCUCCCCAUUUAGUCCUAUUUUUACCAAAUGUGGCUUUAACUUACACUGAACUCAGGGUUGACAAGUAGAAGCUUAUUUUGGUUUUUUGGUGGUGGGGGUGAGGGGAGACAAAGAAGCUGAGGCAGGAGAAGGGAAAGAGUGGACAGCUUUUGCUGUGUGACCUGAAGCCACCUCCCUGCCUUCAGCCAUCACCAGCUCUGUGACUGCAAACUCAGUUUCCUCAUCUGUAAAAUGGAACUGACGAUACUUGUUUUUCCCAGUUCAUUGAACAGUGAGCGUGCAGUAAGCUACAAACAUGCAACACCUUUAUUUUUCUCCCAUCACUGCUCCCUGCUCAGUGAGGUCUAAUUUCCUUUUCCCAUCCAUAAACAAACUCUCUGGCAAAUUCCAAAACUUCGAGUCACCUUUGCGUAAAAAAUUAAAUCAGCCCGCUUGAAAGUUUCAAUCCCCUGCUUAAUGCUCGUUCCUUCUCUCUCCCCAGUGCUGAGAGCAGCAGCCUCCACCUCUUCUGGAUCUCUUUCUACUCUGGGUGUUGGGGCUGGUGGGGAGGAAGGAGACUGUACCUCUACCCUGGGGCUGCUUUAUCCCUCUCUGCAGUCCUCACUUCUCAGAUCACAACAACCUGGCCAUCAGGUCCCCUCUGUGCAGAGCCUUCCAAAGCCAGCCCUCUACCCAGGCCCUUGUGUA